UGCGGCGCGCGCGGGCCGAGUGGAGGCAGAGCGACGUCGACACCAUGGCUGGAGGCAAAGCUGGAAAAGACAGUGGAAAGGCGAAGGCUAAAGCAGUGUCUCGUUCACAAAGAGCUGGACUACAGUUUCCAGUCGGUCGUAUCCACAGGCACUUGAAGACUCGUACCACAAGCCAUGGAAGGGUUGGUGCCACUGCUGCAGUAUACAGUGCUGCCAUUCUGGAGUAUCUUACUGCUGAGGUGCUGGAGUUGGCAGGUAAUGCUUCUAAGGAUCUCAAAGUAAAACGUAUCACUCCACGUCACUUACAGCUUGCAAUCCGUGGUGAUGAGGAGUUGGAUUCUCUUAUCAAAGCUACCAUAGCUGGGGGUGGUGUGAUCCCUCACAUCCACAAAUCUCUGAUUGGAAAGAAGGGACAGCAGAAAACUGCUUAGAAAGUUGUUUAACCAGCCCUCUUCCUCCCUGUCAUUGUACUGUAACUGGGACAGAAGAAUAAUGGGGAUAUGUGGAAUUUUUAAAACCGUUAAGUGGUAAAGCAUAGACAGUUGCCAUAGACAUGAUACAAGAAACAUUUAUAUGUUCUUAGGUUCAGAGUUUGAUAAAAGUACCUUUUCAUGUGGCAACAAUUGUGUAUUGAUUGGCUAGGUUUCCUCCCAUGUGUUUUUUACAAAAAAUGGAAUUGAUAAACCGUUUUUUACAAAAUUAA